GCUGUCGCCGUGAGGGCAGCGCCGACAAGGUAGUCGCAAUCAUGCCACCACCCUGACGUUCGACCCCGUUUUCCUUCGCGCUAGUCAACGUUCAAAAUAAAGUCCAAUAAUAAUAAUAAAAAAAAUAAAAAAAAAUCUUUAGAAAAACGGACAAAAAAAAGCAAAAUAAAACAACAAUCUCAAAUAUAAAUACGAACACGAUAAUCAACAAGACAUAAAUCGGCUCAUCGAUGACAAAAUUUCAAGGCGCAGAUCAACCACAAAACCACGGUACUACAUAUCCGUAUUUCUUGAGCGAUCGACCAGUGGUUUCCUCUUUAUCUUCUUCUUUUUGGAGUUUAUCAAUGUACACCACAUCUUUCUCAAGUGUCUUCUCACCUUCAAUUGAGUGUCAAUAAAAAUUUAUUUCCUCAAAAAAAAGAAAAGAAAUUAAAUUAAAUUAAGAAAUCAUCGAUUCAACUCCGAAAAGUGAGUGCGCGAAAAAUGGAUGCACGUGUCUCGUGGAUUCGUCGUGGAUCGAUCGUUCGUGUGGAAAACAACAUUGAAAAAGGAACUCGGAGCUCGUGAGGCCCCGAAGAACAACGGGAAGGAGAAUGGAAAAGCGUCCGGGCAAUACCGGGCGCUGCUGACGAGCAGAACAACGAGACGCACGGCAGAGUGGACGAAAGGCGCUCGAAACGGAUUGCUGCUCCGUGCGAUCGAGCGAUUAGAAAAUGCAGCAACAGCCCCAUGGCCAGCAGCAACCGUCAGGCGCGCCAAAUGGCGUUGCCGGCGGGGCCCAAUUGCCCCAAGCGGUCGGAAUGAGCAGCCCCGGUCAAGCCGGGGCAACGGGAACCGCCACGGCAAUGGGCCCCAACAGGGCACAAGUCAACGGUGGCAGAUUCGACUUCGACGACGGCGGCACCUUCUGCGGUGGUUGGGAGGACGGCAAAGCUCAUGGUCACGGCGUUUGCACUGGUCCCAAAGGUCAAGGAGCCUAUUCCGGAAGCUGGCACUACGGAUUCGAGGUCUCCGGUGUUUAUACAUGGCCCAGUGGUUCCUUUUACGAGGGACAAUGGCAAAAUGGCAAACGACACGGUCUUGGAAUGGAGACCCGUGGACGUUGGCUUUACCGUGGAGAAUGGACGAAUGGUUAUAAAGGACGCUAUGGAGUGAGACAAUCUACGACUUCUACUGCAAGGUACGAAGGAACUUGGGCCCAGGGUUUACAAGAUGGAUAUGGUUCCGAAACAUAUGCAGACGGAGGUACGUAUCAAGGUCAGUGGUUGAAAGGAACACGUCAUGGUUAUGGGGUAAGGGCAAGCGCACCCUUUGGAUUGGCUAGUCAUUAUAAGCCAACCAAGCAAAUUAGGGCAUCCUUAACUUCCUUAAGAAGUGCGGAAGGAGGUCCUGCAGCAGCACCAACGCCUGAUCCAAUGGACAAAAGAGACAAAAGGGUUGAUGAUAGUAGAGGUGGAUUUGUCCUGAAGGCCAGAAGCGAUGAUCCACCGGCAAGGCGGAAGAGCUUAACAGAGAAAUCCCUCAAGAAAGGCAUCCUCUCGGGAUUGAAGAUAAGAAAGCAAAGAAGCACAGGUGACCUUGAAAAACGCGGUACGGGUGGCAGCAUUAGAAGCAACGCAAGCUCAGCUUCCUGGAUGUCGACUGAGAGUUCUCAAAGCCAGGCUUCCGCGUCGGUUCACACCGACAGUAACACGUCCUUCGUUAUCGAGGAUGAGCAAAUGGACGCCUCCGUAACGGAAACAUACCUCGGUGAAUGGAAAAACGACAAAAGAACCGGAUUCGGAAUAUCCGAAAGAAGUGAUGGUCUCCGAUACGAAGGUGAAUGGUUCAACAAUCGUAAAUAUGGUUAUGGUGUGACGACAUUUCGCGAUGGCAGUAAAGAAGAAGGGAAAUAUAAAAAUAACGUGCUUAUAACAAGUCAAAAGAAAAAGCACAUGUUCCUAAUAAGAUCAGCAAAAUUUCGCGAAAGGAUAGAAGCUGCAGUGAAUGCUGCACAAAGAGCAAGUAAAAUUGCUCUUCAAAAAGCCGAUAUUGCCAUUUCACGAACAGCAACAUCACGUGGUAAAGCUGAACUCGCUGACAUUGCCGCAGAACAUGCUCGUGAGGAUUCUGAAUUGGCACAGCAAACAGCACGUCAAUUUGCACCUGAUUUCAAGCAACCAGGACUCGAGAGACUGAAGAAUCGCGAAAUUCCUAGAUACGUGCCUCCAUCCCAAGACAGUGUUCCUAGUAAAAGUAUUUUGCAUAAAGCAGCAAGUGUCGAUCAACCGGGAUACAGUCCAAGCAAGACUGCUAAUGCUGCUGCUACUGCAUUGUCUGAAGAAAAUUCCUCGACAUCACCAAAUCCUGGUCCAAGUCAUAUUAACCAAACGAUAAGAAGGGCAAGUAUGAAGCCAGCCCAUAAUCAAAUUCCACAACAGAACCAAGUGCAAAGCCAGAUGCUCAAUCAAAUAUCGAACCAAAUUCCAAAUCAGAUACAAAAUCAAGUUCCAAAUCAGAUAACAAAUAUGCAGUACACAAAUCCACAGACAUCAUUAUCUAGUUCGAAUAAUCCUUAUUCGCAAAUGAACAAUCAAUUUCCCCAAUCGCAGUUAACGAAUAGUAUACCAAAUCAGUUUCAACAGAAUGCGCAACAAUAUUCAUCGAAUCAGUACAUGCAAACGACUCAGGGUCAGUUUCACGGUCAGGGUAAUCAAUAUGGACAAUCGCAAUAUCAAAAAUCCAAUCAACAAGAGCAAUAUAAUAAUUAUCCGCCCACAACGACAACGACCCAGGGAUUUCAGAAUCAGUAUCAACAAGGUUAUGCUGGCCAACAGAUAAUGCUUCCAAUAUCUCCAGUCAUGUACAAUCCCAUGACUCUGCCUCAAAUGAAUCAAUUCGGAUCACAACUUUAUGGUACAAUACCAAAUCAGUAUGGUGCUGGCCAAAUAAAUCAGUACAAUACACAACAGCUUUAUGGGCAACAACAGCAACAACAAUAUCAAUCUGAUAACAUGUCAGAUGGACAAAGACCAUCGAGUGCAACUAGUAUACGAAGAAAUAGCAGAAUUUUAAGUCCUCAGGACAGACCAAACAUCGGUGGUAUAAAUCAAACGCUUAACGACAGGUUAGAUCAUUAUAAAAGGCCACCGAGUAGAGACAGUUCUGUGGAUCGAUAUGCCAGAGCUCACUCUAGGUUGACGGGGUCUAGACAAGCAUCUGUUGAUAAAAUGGCAUCUCCGCCACCUCAGGAUAUUCCUGACAGAUCGAUAAGAGGCCCCAGCGUGGCCAGAGCUGGAACGCCUCUAAACGGAUCGGUGAUCGGAAAUGGCGCUGCGACACCUACAACCGCAACACCAACUUCCGGUCAUUUUGAAGGAGCGCUACUGAGGAAUCGAAGUCUAGGACAAGAUAUCCUGCCAAGUCCUGGACAACCUAAAAGAACAGAGAGCUUAUAUGUCACUCCUGCUCGAGGAUCAGUUCCUUCCGGCGGAAGUGGUGGAGGUGUUGCGAUCAAGGACGCAAGCCGGACGGUCCCCGCCUUCGCCGCAACAGCAAAGGGCCGCGCAACCCUAUAAAGUAUAAGUAUCACAAAAAAGCAAAAAUACAUCGAUAUGUGAAUCGACGAGCUUACUAGAGCGAUUCAAGCCUUAAAGAAAGGUUUCAUCCUCUCUUAAAAAAAAAAAACUUUCUGUCCUGCUACAAAUACUCGCUGUGUUAUUGUUGCACUGUUCAUUUUUUUUAUAUAUAUAUAUUAUCAAGGGAGUAUAUUUCGCACACAAAAUUAUCUCUCCAUUCUCACUCAAAUAUCCAGAAAUAUCAUUAUUUCUUCUCUCAAAAAAUGUAUGCCUACUUGAUUCACGAAUUUCUUUUUCCCACACAUACUCUCACACUUAUAUACUAAAUACAAACACAGGGAAAUAUUUUCUAAAAUAAAUGCAAGAUUCAUUUAAUUCUUAGAUUACAAUACAAAAUCCGUCCUAAAUAAAAAGUUAUGCUAUUUAAUAAUAAUAAUAAAAAAAAAUAACUAAACUAGUAAAAUUAAGUAAAUAAACAUUUUU